AUGACUGCUACACGAAAUUUACCUAGUAAACGAUGGACAUCAUUUGAUGAUUGGGACCACAGUGGCCUGAAAGAGCGGCUAGAGGCAGCCUUGGAAAAGAUCAACAAGACGGCUCUGAUAGACCAUGCCCAGCGCAUCAAGGGACAGAAAAUCACAAUGAGUGAGCCAUUCUCGGCUGGCCAGUACUGGAUGUGCUUGGAAAUGGUCGCAGAAGACGGUAGUCUUGUCAUCGCUAGAGUCCGACUUCCGCGGCACCCAAAUGCAACUAUAAUCCUCUCAGAAGACGACCAGCUACUCGCCAUUGAAAGCGAAGUCAAUGCGAUGACGUUUGUCAAGGCUCGGUUUCCAGAAAUUGCCAUUCCUGAAAUCUAUGCUUACGAAAAGAGUGGCUCUGAGCUGGCCACCCUCGCCGGCGCUAGCUACAUGCUCAUCGAGGGCUUCUACGGGAACAAUCUGCAAGACGUCGAGUUUAACAUUUGCGUCCUACCAGAAGACGUACAACAGCACAUCAUGGCUCAAUGGGCCAGUAUCCAAGCGACACUAGCCAGUAUAACGUUUCCGCAGAUUGGGUCCAUCAGUGGCUUCCAGGAGAAUGGCGAACCGAUACUAGGCAAACUGGUGACAUCGCAGGCAGCUGGGGAAUUACUCAACGCUGGUCCUUUUGCUACGUCCGCCGAGUAUUUCACAGCCCUCGCUAAUGCCACCGCGGCAAGACUCGAGGGCGACGGGCGGACAGGAGCGCAUGUGUUUGCUGACAUUGUUCGCAAGACGACUCUAUUUCAGGACCAUGUUCCCGGUAAAUUCCCUCUAAGCCACAUGGACAUGGGCACGCAGAAUAUCCUGGUGGAUGAUGACUUCAAUUUUGUGGCAGUCAUUGACUGGGAGUUUGCGCAAACGGCUCCGUGGCAAGUCAACCACUUCCCCAUGCCUAUGACGAUAACUUCCAUGAAUAUUGACGGCAUUCUCAAAGAUCCAGAGCACCUUGCCUUUGACAAUGUACGGCAACAACAAGCGUCACGCGUGUUGUACAUGACAGCCUUUGACGCUGCAGAGAAGAAGCUGGUAGAGCAGAAGACGCCACUGGACAACUCCUUCUCCGCCGUUUUGAACAGCCCAGCCUCUACAAUCUACGCGUGCUUUACUCAUUUAGGCCGUAUGCCUGAGUACGAUGCGGAUCUUAUAGAGGCCAUGGUACGGCUUGCGUAUGGGCUCGAGGGCAGCGCAGCGCAAGAAUACAUUGCUAGCCAUACUUAG